UCCGUGAACUUUUAAAUCACGCACACAACACAAGCGACGCCGGAAGGUAAUUAAAAACCGGCAAUAAAUCCCGGAAUUCCCAACGCCCCCGCAUUCACCGCGGACUCCCCAAUCCAUCCCCACCCCUAUCCGCCGGCGGCGGCGGCGGCGCGGUUCCGGGCCGCGCGCGAUCGGAUUGGCGCGGGCUCGGUUUCCCCUUGAGCGGCGCGGAUUCGUGCCCGAUCGGAGGGCGGCACCGGCGCCUUGGGGUGUGAUCUGCUGCGGCCGGCUUCCUCCUGGGAGGGGAGGAGUGGAAUGGACGGGGAAGCGUUCCGGAUGGGUGGCGCCCACUUUGCGGCCGCCUACCCCUCCGGCGCCGCCAUGGAGGAUCCGAAUCAGAGCCAGAACCAGAACCAGAGCCAGUUCCUGUUCAGCGCCAAGGCCGCGCCGUUGCAGCUCUUCGGAAGCGCCGCGGUGCCCACGGUUGGUCCUGCUGGUUAUUGUAAUUACUCUGGAAACGCCCACCUUCCAGUUAUGAACCAAGCAAGGACUUCAAACAUUGACACAGGGACUGAGAAGUUGCUGAAACUUCAGAUGUCCUUGAACGAUUAUCAUCAACAGAAUGCUGAUCGGUUAGCACGGGUUGGCAAUCCAAGUGCUGUAUCAACUGGUCUGAGGCUGUCUUAUGAGGAUGAUGAGCACAAUUCGUCGAUCACAUCUGGUAGUGCUAGCAUGACCUCGUUGCCUACCACAAUGUCCUCUGUUGAUGAUCUCAUGGCUGAACUGGACAAAGAAAACAGAGAGAUUAGCUAUUACUUAAGACUUCAGGCAGAGCAAAUCGGCAAGCAGAUGAAGGAGGUGAACCAGCGGCGGAUGAUUUCUUUCCUGGCAAACCUCGAACGAGCGGUGGGGAAGAAGCUGCGGGAGAAGGAACUGGAGGCGGAGGCGAUGAACAGGAAGAGCAAGGAGCUGAACGAGCAGAUCAGGCAAGUGGCCAUGGAGGUGCAAUCGUGGCAGUCAGCGGCCAUGUACAACCAGUCGGUCGCCAACAGCCUGAAAACCAGGCUGAUGCAAGUGGUCGCGCAGAGCACCAACCUCACCAGAGAAGGCACCGGCGACAGCGAGGAGGCCGACAAUGCGGCCUACAGCCAGAACCCCAACGCCAGAGCCGGAGCCGCCCACGAGGGCUUCUUCCAGUCUGACCUUCUGGGUGGUGGUGGCGGUGGCAGGGCAACGACGUCGACGGCUACCAUCGGGCUGGGGGCCUGCAGGUGGUGCGGCGGGAAGGAGGCGUCGGUGCUGGUGAUGCCGUGCCGCCACCUGUGCCUGUGCAUUGACUGUGAGAGGGUCUCUGACGUCUGCCCCGUGUGUCGGUUCCCCAAGAGCGGCAGCGUGGAGAUCAACAUGUCCUGACAAGGACCUAUGUAAGGACGCUCGAUCAAAAUUGGCGGGCAGAGUAUACACAGUAACUAGUAAGUAGAUGGUAAGCGUGUUUCGUACAGCGUUGUACAUGUGAAACAUGUUUUUCCUUGGCGACGGACCUCAGCUGUCCAGGUGUAAGGUCACUUUCCCCCCGCUUGGGGUUUCAUCAUUAGAAGGUAAAUGAGAUCA